AUGUCCAACAAGGCAGCAGUGGUUGAGCAGAUCGGCUCCCCUGUGGUCAUCAAGACAGUGGAAAAGUAUACUCCUGGCCCGGAUGAGAUUCUCGUGAAGAAUGGAGUCAUCAGCUUCAAUCCCCUCGAGGCCAAGAUGCAGAAAUAUGCUCCCGUCCCUUAUCCCGUUCCAGCCAUCCUCGGAUUUUCUUCUGCCGGCACAGUCGAUUCGGUUGGCUCCAACGUCAGCUACGUGAAGCCAGGCGACCGGGUCGUAGUGCUGGCGCCCCUCGGCACCACGGAUCCCCGGACCCGCCAUUUCCAAGAGUACUACAUUGCCUUCCCACGGUAUACAUCGAAUAUCCCCCACAAUGUGUCGCUUGAGGACGCCUCCUCGGUCCCGGCCAAUCUCGUCACCAUUGUCGGCGUCAUGCAUGCCAUUUUCGGUCCUCAGCGGCCCAGCCCCGACGGAAAGAAGGCCGCGUCAAAGGGCAAAAAACUGCUGGUCUACGGAGGCAGCUCGAGCGUUGGUGGCUAUGCAAUCAAGUACGCCUCCGACCUCGGCUACGAUGUCAUCACCACCUCUUCGUCUCAGAACAAGGAAUUUGUUACUUCCCUGGGCGCGACCAGCAUCGUCGACCACAGGCAGUCUGCCGAGAAGAUCGUCUCAGAGCUCAAGGCGCUCGGUCCCUUUGACGCUGUGUUCGAUGCCAUCGGUACCCCACAGCCAACCGCCAUCCUCGGCAAGGUCCUCGCUGAGACGGGCGGGGGCACCAUCUUCACCACGCUGCCCGAGUUCGGAGAUGCCACUGCGUACGCAAGGCCGGAGAGUGUGAAGCGCGUGUACGAUUCCUGGCCGCAGGUGCUGGACAAGGAGGAGCAGAAAGAGCUGUUGGAAUGGACAUAUCAUGUGUAUAUCCCCGAGGGACUGGGCAGCGGCGCCAUCGUACCCACUCGAAACGUCGAGGUGCCAGGUGGCGUCGAGGGGAUCCAGAAGAUUCUGGACAAGUCUCUCGAAGGGGGCGUGAGUGGAAAGAGACUGAUUACACGUGUUUAA